CCACCCAUAAACAAAACCACACAUCUCGACCGGGGGCAGUUGAUUCUGUUAAUAGCAGUGAAGUGAGAAAAUAGCAACAAAAAUACAACGAAUUUGAUUCGGAAAUGGCAACGAAUUUUCAUUUAUUUCGUUUAUUCGUCGGGUAUUUGUUGCUUUCCAAUGUGUCGAUCUCACAGUGCUUAAAUGUAACAUGUCACAAUCAAAUUGGUUCGCAUCCAUUCCAUCGCAUGAACACGUGCUAUAUCACAAGGAUCGAUCGGCUGCUUGAAAUCAAUGAACAUUUAACAUUCAUACAAUCGUACGGUUCCCCGGAUAAAAUCAAAACCUUGGAUAUUUCAACUCCACCAGAUGAUCCAGGCAUUGAUCAUGUUCCUGUUGAAGCAUUUCACUGGUUUCCUCAUUUGGAAUCACUUCGUGUUAAUUCAAAAUUGACAUCGAUUACUGCUACUGACCUUGAAUUGGCUGCAAAUUUGACGCAGCUUAUGAUAUCCAACCAGUUACUUCUGAUUCCCGUUGGAAUCUUCCCAUUGAACAACAAUCUGACGUUUUUGUCGUUUGAAUCCAAUCGAAUUUCCACGAUUGAUGACUAUGCAUUCAAAGGACUGAACCACUUGUUCUCUUUGAAGUUGCAUAAAAAUCAAUUGGAAACAAUAAAACGACACACACUAUCCGGGUUGAAUGUGUUACAUGUGUUGAAUCUCAACGAAAACAAGAUUCGAGUCAUAGAAAGUGGAGCGUUCGAAGACUUGAGUGAAUUAGAAUUUCUUCAUUUGCAACAAAAUCGACUGGAAAUAUUGUAUGAUGACAUUUUCCAUGGGCUGAUCAAUUUGAUAGAUAUUUCGCUUAGAGAAAACCGAAUAACCGACAUCAAUGAGUCGCUGAAGAAUUUGAUGAGCAUCAAGAAUAUCAACUUGGAUCAUAAUCACAUUGACAAUUUGGAUUUGAAUGAGUUUGCCAAGUUUCCAUCGUUAGUCGUCUUGAGGCUGAUUAAUACCACAUUUUCAUUUGACAAAACCAAACAAUCGCGAAAUGAACACACGCCAACUACAUCGAAAUUGCAAUAUCUGGACUUGGAUAAAAACAACUUGAGCAACCCUUUGGAUUUACAAUCCCUCGGAAUUUUUAGUAAAUUAAAAGAAUUGAGUUUAGAUAACAAUUUGUAUUAUAAUUUCAAUUGGAGUGGUGAAGCACUGAAAAUGUUAUUACCAAAUUUAAAAUUUAUAUCACUCGAAGGAAACGGCAUCGAUCAAAGUGUAUUGACUUCAAUCACCGAUGAAGUGAAUACUUUUCCGACUGUUGUUUAUGAUGACGAAGAAUGAGACAAUGAAAAUUAGUUCAAGUUUCUCAAUACCAUGCAGUUCCAAGUUCUUGUUUCAUACAAUAUUCUUGCAAUAAAACAAUGUGAAAAUGAGUGCACUUCCGAAAAAAAAA